AUUUUGUCGCGAAAAUGCCAGCAGAAGAAGGUAAAACCAGAUCAGAGAAUUAUAAAACCAUUGGAACCAUCGGUAAAGGAGCCUAUUCUACAGUAUAUAAAGUUCAGAGGAAGUCUGAUGAUCAGAUCUAUGCACUCAAGGAGGUUAUGCUGAAGGGUCUUUCGAAGAAGGAGAAGGAAAAUGCACUGAACGAGGUGCGUAUAUUGGCAUCAGUCCAACAUCCCAAUAUCAUCUCUUAUAAAGAGUGCUUUUUAGAAGAGAGUUCUGCCAUUCUCUGUAUUGUCAUGGAGUAUUGUGAUGGAGGAGAUUUAUACCAGAGAAUCAUAGAACAGAAGAAAAAGAAAUAAGUUGUUCUCUGAAGCAGAAAUUUGGGAAACUUUUAUUCAAAUCGUCAAGGGACUUGAUGCCCUCCAUAAGAAUAAGAUCCUCCAUCGAGAUCUGAAAUGCGCGAAUAUCUUCAUGAAUAAGGAUGGAACUGUUAAACUUGGUGAUUUAAAUGUGUCCAAAGUUGCUAAGAUGGGUCUAGUGUACACCCAAACAGGAACUCCUUACUACGCAUCACCUGAAGUAUGGAUGGACAAACCAUAUGAUAAUAGGAGCGAUAUCUGGUCUCUUGGUUGUGUGAUCUACGAAAUGAUAACCCUCAGACCUCCCUUCACGGCUUCGUCAAUGCAAGAGUUAGCUAGUAAAGUGAAGAAGGGAAGUUAUCCAAGAAUUCCAAGUGUAUAUUCCAGAGACCUCGCAACUGUAGUGGCAACUUUGCUGAAAGUUUCACCUUUAAUGAGACCUAGCUGAGAGCAGAUCCUGCAUAUGCCUGCUGUUGAAGAACACCUUACUGAUGAAGAGACGAGAGAAAUUUGUUUAGACCUUUUGAAUACUAUUAAAAUCCCGAGAAAUAUGAGCUUAUUGAAACAAAAGUUGCCUGCUAGUCAAUUCGAAAAUGCCAAAGUCCAGGAGGAUUUUGAUGAAGAUAAUUAUGAAGAUGAUUUUGAGAAAGAUAUCACAUCUGAAGAGAAACAAAUUCGUAGUAAAAAAUCAACCAGGGUUAUUCACAAGCCACCCAAGAUAGAUAGAACAGAGAAAUUCAAGAAAGUACCUUCUGGACUUCCUCCUACAGCUCCUUCACAAAAAGUGAUUCCUCCAAUGCCUCAGUCGAAUAGAAACCAAGAAGUAGGUGAACUAAAUAUAAGUCCUUCGAAGGUUUCAUCUCGACAGAAUCAGAAUAGGAAAGUUAGUAAGACGAAGAGAGCUGCCGAGGAAAACCUAAGGAAAAAGAGGAGGAAUCCUAAAACAAUGGAGGCACAAAGAGCCAAACUUGCUUCAAUUAAUCAGCCUCCGAAGAAAUAUAGGAUGCAUUCAAAAGAUGGGAUGAAGUCAAAGAGAGUCUCUGAAAUAUAUAGAAUGCGUGCAAAAGAAGUUGAGAAUCAAGAGAAACAAAUAAACAAAGAAUUGAGACAUAAGUACCAAAAUCGUAUUUAUAACCCUAAUAAUAAGUAUUUGAGCAGGGAUUAUGCCUCUGCAGGAAGAGCAGGUCUCAAGAACUUACAGCAUCAGCAAAGAGUCAUUAUCGAUCCUACCCAGAAUGCUCAAAAGUUGAAUCAAAUGAUUGGUCAGAGGCAGAUAGGCUCUCAGAAUUCUCAAAGAAGAAGAUACCAACCUCUUAGUGAAAACUACAGAGGUCUGAAUAACAAAUUAUCCGUACAAGUGAGCAAUGGUGAGUUGCCUAAACAAGGGCAGUAUAAUUUGAUUGGAAAAGCAGGCUCUCGGGGUUCUUCAAUCACUCCUCACUCUAGCAAAAGACCUGGCUUAAUGCCGUCCAAACUUAAAGAGAAUUAUAAAAAUUCUGGUAUUUCUAAUCAAAUUUCUAAUAAUCUUCCGACAAGGCUGAAUAAAUAUGCUAUUGGAAAUGGCUCUCAAAGAAGUCAGCCAGUUCUGAAGAGUCUGAAAAAUAAUCUUUCAAGGAGGUAUGGCUCUAACAAGAAUUCAACUAAUGAGCAGCCUAUGAUGCCAAUUCGGCCAUCUGGAAAUGCUCUGAAUAAUAGAAGGUUAGAGCUACACUCUGCUAAGAAGAAAUAUAGGAUGAAUCAUAAUCAUCAGCACAGAAUCAAGCCAAUGUCAGCUAAAGCUCCUUCUUGGUGGGGCUAAAUGCUUAAAUAACUUUAUUGACAACCUUUAGGUUACAACUUUUG